AUGGCUAAAAAGCCCUUUCGGAAGAGUGUCUUGAAUCACUCUUCAACCCAAAAGAAAGGUUUGCCUUCGGAACUCGAGGAAGCCUUUGAAAUUCUUGCCCAACAAAUUGCACAAGCAAGCGAUCAUGAAAUUGUUUGUUUAACUGGAGCAGGAUUGAGCACGGCUGCUGGAAUUCCCGAUUUUAGAACACCUGGAACUGGAUUGAUACAAACCAACACUUUGAACGAGUUGGUCAACAAGAUGGGUCUCCAUCCAAAAACAGUUCAAAUUCCUCACUGCGAUUCAUGUAAUGGUUACUUGAAACCAGAUAUUGUCCUUUUCGGAGAGGAACUUCCAUCCAAGUAUUCUGAAUGUGUCAAAUCAGAUUUGAAACAAUCCCAUGCUUGCAAGCUCUUUAUCAUUAUGGGUACUUCCUUGAGUGUCUAUCCUGUUGCAUUCUUGCCCAGUUAUGUUCCUGAAGGAAGUACAAGAACAUUGUUGAAUAGAGAGCGAUGUGGACCUUUUUGA